AUGCUAGGGGGAACCCGGGCCCCGGAGCAGCUGCGCGCCCCGCCCCGCGGGCUCCUCCCUGCCGCCGCGGCCCCCCGGCUGCUGCCCCGAUGCGCUGCGCCGCGAGCUGGGGCCGAGUCGCCGCCGCAGCUGCAGGGGCGCCCGGGCUGGGUGACGCCGCCGCCGCCCGCGCCCCUCGCAGACCCCGCCGGCCGCAUGGAGACCCCGGAGGGCGCCGGCCCGGGAGAAACCGUUCAGGAGGUGGAGGGACCACAGGCAGCCCUGGGCACCCUGGCCCACGGGGCAGGGGAGAGCUACCGCUCACCCACGGCCGAGGAGGAGGUGGGCAUCCCAAUACCAGCCCCGGGGCUCCUGCAGGUCACAGAGAGGAGGCAGCCCCUGAGCAGCGUCUCCUCCCUGGAGGUGCACUUUGACCUCCUGGACCUCACCGAGCUGACCGACAUGUCCGACCAGGAGCUGGCCGAGGUCUUUGCUGACUCAGACGACGAGAGCCUGGCCGGUGAAUCGCCAGCAGGCCUGCACCCACUGCCCCGGGCUGGCUGUCUGCGCUCCCCCUCCUGGACACGAACCAGGGCCGAGCAGAACCGAGAGAAGCAACCGCUUGGUGACCCGGAGCGCCAGCCAGCAAUUGUGGACACAUUUCUCACCGUGGAGAGGCCCAAGGAGGACUAGGCCAGCUGGCCUUGGGGCCAAGGCAGUGCAAAUCUGGACAAUUCUGACCCCACGGACACUCCACCCACCCCAUGUGGCUCUGGGCCAGGUUCUCGGGGCGCCCCAGCACAAGCACAGCCCAGUGGCUUUACGUCCCCACUCCUUUCCAGUCCCUGAUCAGGGACCACAGCAUCUGAGGAUGAGGUGGGAGUGGCCUAGGCCUCUUGGAAACUUCUGUCUGCAGGACUGGUGCUCUCAUCUGCCACAAGAUUCCCAAGUGGGUGCGGGGUAAGGGUGAGGAAAGCCGGAGAGAGCUUCUCUGCAAAACCCCCGAGGAUCUCAGGGUUCCGGUCUGGGAAUGGCUACACCACGCUGCGGCCUAUGGGAUGCUCUACUAUCCAGCCAAGAAUGUGGGUAGGGGAGUCCGUCCUGAACAAUGCCACCUUCCUUUCAAUCCCAUCCUCUUCUUGGCACCAGGACCUCCUCCCCAGGCCCUGAGACCCAGCUUGUCUUAGUUCCUGUGUGACAGCCGGGCCCACCGUCCUCGGCUCAGAACACCAAAUAUGGCACGACUG